GUGGUUUGCGCUAACACGGUGAGCCUAGAUUCAGCCAUAUUCUUGUACUGCGAUUCGGUAGUUGUGUGAAAACGACACAAAAUUCGUCGUAACUUUUGAGAAAAGAAUCAAAGGUGUGUCUCGCGUGUUUUUCUUAAAGUCUACAUCUUGUCGGUGGCUCUCCGACAGCUUCCGGUUCUGAUCAUCCGACCAGGAGACAUGCAGCAGCGGCCGACCUGAGCUAGUUUGACCGACAGCCUGAUUUGUGAGAGGAAAGUCCAGAUUGAUCGGGAUUAAAACCGAUGUGGAGAACGGACCGACGGGAGCCUGCAGGUUAAAGGCGAAUCAGAGAACACAGAAGCAGAAACGGAUCCGAACUGCUUCAAAUGUCGAUAAUGUCGACUCCGAACUAACAGUAAGGCGGCUAGCUGGAGUUAGCAGCUGUGCUAAGGGGCGGUUCGGGCUCGUUUCGCUGUCAGGUCGGUGGGCUAUUCGGUAAGAUGUCGGCUCAGCUCCGCCUGAAGCGGCUGGAGGAGCUGCUCCUGGACCAGCUGUCUGUGGAGACCCUGCUGGACCUCCUGCUCUGCUUCUCCGCCGAGUGCGCCAACUCCCCCCUGAAGAGGGAGAAACACGUCAACGACUUCCUGCAGUGGGUGUCGCCUUUGACUGUGGCAGUAAAAGAGCUGCGGCUACACAGGGAUGACUUUGAGAUGCUGAAGGUCAUUGGCCGAGGAGCCUUUGGAGAAGUUGCUGUGGUGAAGAUGAAACACACAGAGAGAGUUUAUGCCAUGAAGAUCCUCAACAAGUGGGAGAUGCUGAAGAGAGCCGAGACGGCAUGUUUUCGUGAAGAAAGAGACGUCCUAGUGAAGGGAGACAGUCAGUGGAUCACCACACUGCACUAUGCCUUCCAGGAUGACAACUACCUGUACCUGGUUAUGGACUACUAUGUGGGCGGAGACCUGCUGACGCUGCUGAGUAAGUUUGAGGACCGUCUUCCAGAGGACAUGGCCAAGUUCUACGUGGCUGAAAUGGUCUUAGCCAUCCACUCCAUCCACCAGCAACAAUACAUCCACAGAGACAUUAAACCAGACAAUGUGCUACUGGAUGUCAACGGUCACAUCCGCCUUGCUGACUUUGGAUCCUGUCUGCGCAUGAUGGCAGACGGCACGGUGCAGUCUUCAGUGGCAGUGGGGACUCCAGACUACAUUUCCCCAGAGAUCCUACAGGCGAUGGAGGAUGGGAUGGGCUGCUAUGGGCCUGAGUGUGACUGGUGGUCUCUGGGUGUGUGUAUUUAUGAGAUGAUGUAUGGAGAAACGCCGUUCUAUGCUGAGUCACUUGUGGAGACCUACGGCAAGAUCAUGAACCAUGAGGAGCGUUUCCAGUUUCCAUCUCAUGUGAACGAUGUGUCUGAAGAUGCCAAGGACCUCAUUCAGCGCCUGCUCUGCUCCAGAGAAUGUCGGCUCGGUUUGAAUGGGAUCUCAGACUUCAAGAGCCAUCCCUUCUUCAAUGGAAUAGACUGGGACAACAUUCGCUCGGCUGAAGCACCUUACAUUCCUGAUGUAUCCUCACCCACUGACACGUCCAAUUUCGACGUGGACGAUGAUGUCCUCAAGAAUCCGGACAUUGGCCCACCAGUGUCCCACACUGGUUUUUCUGGUCACCAUCUUCCCUUUGUUGGCUUCACCUACACUACCAACAGCUGCUUUUCUGACCGUGGUGCAGCUGACUGGGCCGGACUUCGUCUCCACCAGGAACAGGGAGGAAAGGGCCUAGAGGUGGAGACAUUUGAGAAGAGGAUCCACUGCCUGGAAGAAGAGAAACAGGAGCUGAGCCGCAAACUUCAGGAGUCCACUCAGGCACUGCAGUCUCCUGGUCGAGUGGGAAGUCUGAAUCGCGACAAAGAGAUCAAGAAGCUCAAUGAGGAAAUAGAACGACUGAAGAAGAAACUGGAAGAUUCUGAUAGGCUGGAGCACCAGCUGGAGGAGGCGGUCUCACUCAGGCAGGACUAUGAAAGUUCAGCAUCCAAAAUGAAUAUGCUGGAAAGACAAAUAAAGACUCUGAAACAGGAGAAGGACGACAUACACAAGCAGCUCAUGGAAUCUCUGGAUCGUCUCAAGAGUCAAACGAAGGAGCUGAAGGAUGCUCACUCUCAGAGGAAGGUGGCCCUACAGGAGUUUUCUGAGCUGUCAGAGAAGAUGGCAGAAUUGCGCUCUUCCAAGCAACGUCUGUCCCGUCAGCUGAGGGACAAGGAGGAGGAAAUGGAUGUCCUCCUACAGAAGAUGGAUAUUACAAGACAGGAGAUACGUAAGACGGACAAGAUUCGCAAAGAUAUGGAGGCUGAGCUGGAUGACGUGAAGGCAGAGGCCUCCAAGGAGAGGAAGCUGAGGGAGCACAGUGAAGUUUAUGCCAAGCAGCUGGAGGAGGAGUUGCAGAACUUCAAGUCUCAGCAGGGGCGAGGAGGAGUGGCUGGAGGAGCUGAGUCUCAGCAAGAGAUGUCACGCUUGAAAGCAGAGCUUGAUAAGAAGGUUUUGUUCUAUGAAGAGGAGUUGUCAAGGAAAGUCUCCAUCCACUCCAAUGAGCUCAAGAACCUACGUAAAGAACUUCGUGAUUCUGAGGGCCAGCAUUUUGGAGUCCACAAAGAGCUGCUUCAACUGAGAGACAAGCUGGAGAAGACCAACAGGGACAGACAAACUGAGAUGGAUGAGGCUGUAGCAACUCUAAAGGAGACUUAUGAGAGGGAGAAGAACAUCCUGACAGAAGAGAACCGUAAACUGACAGCAGAGACCGACAAGUUGUGUUCAUUUGUAGACCAGCUGACGGCUCAGAACAGACAGCUUGAGGAGGAUGUUCAGGAUUUAUCUUCUAAAAAGGAGAGUGUCGCUCACUGGGAGGCUCAGAUUGCAGAAAUCAUUCAGUGGGUUAGUGAUGAGAAAGACGCUCGUGGUUACCUUCAGGCUCUGGCCACCAAGAUGACAGAGGAACUGGAAACACUGAGGAGCACUGGUCUGGGAGCCAGACCUCUGGAUCCUCUGUGGAAGGUGCGUCGCAGUCAGAAGUUGGACAUGUCUGCUCGUCUGGAGCUGCAGUCGGCCUUGGAUGCUGAGAUCAGAGCCAAACAGCUCCUUCAGGAAGAGCUGCGAAAAGUCAAAGCUGCCAACAUUGCCUUUGAAAGUAAGCUGAAGGAAUCGGAGGAGCGGAACAGGGACAUGUAUGAACAGCUGGAGAAUCUGAAGAAGGAGGUGGAGGAGAGCCGCUCCCACUCUGACAAAGGUCUCAAGCUUCCAGACUUCCAGGACUCCAUCUUUGAAUAUUUCAACACAUCCCCUGUGGCCCCUGACCUCACCUUCAGAAGCACAGAGAUGGAGACCACUUCUCAGAAAUCAGAGACCAUUCCUCCCUCACCCUCCAACAUCUCUGAACAUGAGGAAGAAAAAGCAGUGCCCAUCCCAGCAGGCCCCUCCCCCUCUUACCAGACCGCAGCACUGACAACACUUAAGCCAAAACCACAUCAGCUGAGCAUCAAGACAUUUUUCGGUCCAACCCAGUGCGCACACUGCACCUCCCUGAUGGUGGGACAGAUCCGUCAGGGCUACGCCUGUGAAGUGUGUUCCUUUAUCUGCCAUGUUUCCUGUAAAGACCACGCUCCUCAGGUCUGUCCAAUCCCAGCAGAGCAGGCCAAGAGGCCUCAGGGAAUCGAUGUGCAGAGAGGCAUCGGUACCGCCUACAAGGGCUACGUCAGGAUCCCGAAGCCCAGUGGUGUAAAGAAGGGCUGGCAGCGAGCCUUCGCCGUGGUUUCUGACUGCAAACUCUUUCUCUACGAUGUUCCAGAAGGAAAGUCCACCCAGCCAGGGGUGAUCGCCAGUCUGGUGCUGGAUCUCAGAGACGAGGAGUUCUCAGUCAGUUCUGUUUUGGCCUCUGAUGUAAUCCAUGCCACCAGGAAGGACAUUCCCUGCAUCUUCAGGGUGACUUCCUCGCCACUGAACUCGCCGCUGUGUCCUUUAUCUCUGUUGGUGCUGGCAGAGAGUGAAGUGGAGAAAAGGAAGUGGGUCCGGAUCCUAGAGAGUCUGCAGAACAUCCUGAUCAAGAACCUCCUGAAGAAUCAACAGGUCCACGUUCUGCAUGAGGCAUAUGAUUCAUCACUACCCAUCAUUAAGUCCACUCUUUCAGCAGCAGUCUUAGAUCGGGAGCGCAUUGCUCUCGGAACAGAGGAUGGACUCUUUGUGGUUGAAGUCACCAGAGAUGUGAUUGUCCGAGCAGCUGAUAGCAAGAAGGUCUGUCAAGUUGAUCUGAUUCCAAAGGAGAAAAUCAUCGCUCUACUGUGUGGCCGGAGUCGCCACGUUCAUCUUCAUCCCUGGGGGGUGCUGGAUGGUGCUGAACCCACUUUUGACAUAAAGCUUGCAGAGACCAAAGGUUGCCAAGCUCUGACGACUGGAGUGCUCCGCCCUGGAGGCCCUGCCUGCCUGUUGGCUGCUGUCAAGCGCCAGGUUCUGUGUUUUGAGAUUACACGUGCACGACCUCAUCACAAAAAAUUAUGGGAGGUGCAGGCACCAGGUGUUGUGCAGUGGCUGGGUAUAGUGAAAGAGCGGCUGUGUGUUGGGUACCCAUCAGGUUUUGCCCUGCUGGCACUGCAGGGUGAGUCUUCCCCCAUCAGCCUGGUGAGCCCAGGUGACCCGUCGCUGGCCUUCCUGUCCCAGCAGCCCCUGGAUGCCCUUCAUGCCCUGGAGGUUGGAUCCACUGAGCUGCUGCUCUGUUUCAGCCAUUUGGGCAUCUAUGUGGAUGGGCAGGGCCGCCGUUCCCGAACCGAGGAGCUGAUGUGGCCUGCAACACCAGUAGAUUGCAGUUCUAACUCCUCCCACCUUAGCGUCUACACAGAGUACGGUGUUGACGUGUUUGAUAUUCACACCACAGAGUGGGUGCAGACCAUUUCCCUCCGCAAGAUCAGACCUUUAAAUGUGGAAGGGACAUUAAACCUCCUUAGUUCAGAACCUCCUCGCCUGAUGUACUUCAGCAACACUUCAUCAGAGGGCGACCUCACCAUCCCAGAGACGUCAGAUCACAGCAAGAAGUUGAUGGUUCGUACUCGUAGCAAGAGGAAGUUCCUCUUUAAGGUUCCUGAAGAGGAGCGACUUCAGCAAAGGAGGGAGAUGCUUCGGGAUCCAGAGCUGAGGUCCAAGAUGAUCUCCAACCCAACAAACUUUAACCACGUGGCUCACAUGGGACCUGGAGACGGCAUGCAGGUCCUCAUGGACCUCCCUCUGGUCUGUGAUUUGACCUCUCUGUCUCCCUCCCCAUCCCCCUCCUUAUCUUCUUCCUCCUCCCACCACACUCUCAUUUCCUCCCCCUCUAACUUUGAGCACAUCUAUCACAUGACGUCGGCAUCAGCUGGAGCUUUUUUACACAAAGACUCCAUCUUCUCCUCCUGCUCCCAGUCGAGCCUCAUGCAGCCUUCCUCCUCCUCCUCCUCCUCUUCUCCCUCCACUUCCUCUUUGGGAAGGAGUGUGAUGCCUUCCUCUCAGGAUGAGUCAAUUAAAGAUAAGCCCCGCCCACUGUCCAGUGUUUCUCGGCAACAGAGAACCAAGACGCACAUCACGCGCACUGCAUCAGAUUUUGGGGGUGGAGCUCGCAGCAUCUCGGAGCCAGACCAGGAUCUAGAACGCGAGCUGGACUCUGACUCUACCAAACACUCGACCCCCUCGAACAGCUCUAACCCCAGCAGCCCCCCGAGCCCAAACUCCCCUCACCGCAGUCAGCUGACCUUAGACAGCUUGGACACUGACCCUUGACGCGCACCCACAGUCCCCUUAUCCCCUUAAACCUGCAGCACUACUUCCUGGAGCCACGCCCUCUGCUCUCCGUGUCACAUGACUAUUGGCGAGAGGGAGGAGCCAGCACAGUGAAUGAACCAAUGAGGUGGCAGUCUGGUAUUUUUUUUACUUUUUUGAGCUUUUAUUUUGGCAGGAUUGUUUUAAAUGUUGUAUUUUAUUUGCAGGGCCAUGGAAGCCCUAUCUCUUUAUUUUAAAUUGUGUGGAACGCUGGGAAAUACCUCUGCUGGGCGCUUUGUUUGAACUUUGAGCUUUCUGACACUAUGGGACCAUACUGCUGCUGUCAAUCGCUUCAUCGCGUUAUUAUAAUGUGCAGUUGAAGCUGUCAGCAGGGGGCGCUGUGUGUUAAAUCACA